AUGAAGUGUACAAGACAUGAAUCAGGGCUGCCCCACGAUGUGGUAGAGCUAAUCCUGGAGAGGCUUCCUGUGAAGUCUCUGCGGAGUUUCAAGUCUGUAUCGAAGCAAUGGAGAUCCACAAUCGACUCCCAAAGUUUCAAAGAAAGACAAUCUCUCCGUCGUAGGCUAUCUCGAGGUCCGGAUGUUCUUUUCGUGCGGCUUACUGGUCGUCCUCUUGUUGGUGGUGAUGAUUCUCAAAGAUUCACGUUUGGUUCAUCCACAGCUUAUACGGUCACGCUCCCAAAGACCGCCUCCACAAUCUGCAACUCUAUCUGUGACGGUCUUGUGUGCCUCUACGAUGUCUACGUAGCGCACACACCCAAUCUCUUGGUGAAUCCCGCCACCGGGUGGCAUCAGAGUUUCCCUCUAUCCACCAUCCAACGCUUUUUCAUCGACAUAACGGAGAAGAGACAGUUCGCCGGAACCGCACAUCCUGAGCUAGGGUUCGGUAAGGACAAACUCACCGGCACGUACAAGGCGGUUUGGUUAUAUAACUCAGCCGAUUAUAGGCUUGACAACGUUACCACUUGCGAAGUUUACGAUUUUAGCACUAGGGUUUGGAGGUAUGUUGUUCCUGCUUCUCCUUGUCGGAUUCUCUCUUUGCAGUUUCCUGUGUAUUUGGAUGGGUCUCUUUAUUGGUUAACAACGGAGGGAGAGGUAUUAUCUUUUGAUCUCCACGCGGAAACUUUUCAAGUCAUCUCUAAAGCUCCUUUGCCCCAUGCACCUGACGGUUUCACCGCCACCAUGUGCGUCCUUGAUGACCGCUUGUGCGUAUCUCAGAAACACGGGACCACCCAAUUCAUAUGGUCGUUGGACGAUUCUUCGCCAGGGGCUUGGAAGGAAUUGUGUUCCGUAGAUCUCACGAAAGCUUUUUCUUGCAAAAAAUUCGACCAAAGAUUCGUGCUCCCUCCGGUUGCUAUUCUGGAUAAGAAUAAGGUUUUGCUUCGAGGUCGUGAUACGGAUUAUCCCGUCGUGAUAUAUGAUCUCGAUACCAAGUCUUGUGAUAUACUCUUCAUACCUGCCAAUCUCCUUGAUGAUUUUAGGGUUUGGCUUGACUCGUCUCGUCUCGUCUCGAUUCGAUUCGGCCGACGUUGGUUCUUAAGCGCCGAUUUGCAAUCUGACAUCGAGAAUCGGAUUCCUAUUCCUCUAAGGAUUAAAGCAGCGCCGAAAGAGGAUAAACGCAUCGGAUCAAUUCUCGUUGAUCAUGAUUGCAUGCCAAGGAGCGAUCUAGGUGCGCUUGCUUGGCAGGUCAAACAUAUAUAUUCAUCAUCAUCUCAUGCUUCUUGCAUAUUCAUCACCAUAUGCCGCUUCAUUUCUAGCGUGAGCCUCGUUGAUAAAUUCAAUCUCCCGGUUUCUAUGAGACCAGUCGGAUGCGGCGUGGCUGCUUGUGAAGUCGAUUUGAAUGUUUGUUGUCCCUCUGCUUUGGAAGUCAUGAGAGAUGGUAAAGUCGUCGGAUGUAAAAGCGCUUGCUUGGCGAUGCAACCGGAGAAGGAAUGUUGCACCGGAGAGUAUGCGAAUCCUAAGGCUUAUAGUUAUGCAUCUGAUGGUUCGAGUAGUUUGAAAAAGUGUAGAGCUUCUCGUUAUGUUAUCACUUUCUGUCCUCCAAAGUGA